AUGUCGCCAUUUAUCGUCUACUCACCCCACGACCUCAAUAUCAAAUCCCAGCUCUCGGGCAACCUUAGUGUAGGCAUCUGGACGUUAGGCAUCGUCGCUGGAGCCGUGGCCUGGAGCCCGACCACCGUCUUCACGCUCAACUUCUUGGCCAUCAUCCCUCUCGCCGCUGUCCUAUCAUUUGCCACAGACCAAAUUGCGAUGAAGCUCGGAGAAUCUAUGUGGGGGGGGGGGUGGUUGAACGCCACUUUCGGUAAUGCUGUGGAGCUAAUUGUCAGCAUCGUUGCCCUCAAAGAUGGCCAAAUCGAAGUAGUCCAGUCCUCUAUGCUUGGCUCUAUUCUAUCCAAUCUUCUCCUCGUCAUGGGCAUGUGCUUCUUCCUUGGUGGCCUUUGCCAUCGCGGCCGGACUGGGAGCGGCACGGAGCAAAAGUUCUCUGCUGCCGUUGCUCAAACCUCAUGUUCCCUGAUGACGCUGUCGUCUGCUUCCUUGGUCAUUCCAGCGGCUUUGUAUGCUGUUAUGAACCCGAACGGCUCCGAUGACAAAUUCCAGGUCGCCCUCAUCCUGUCUCGGGCAACGGCAAUCAUCCUUCUUGUCCUCUAUAUUCUGUAUCUCAUUUUUUCAGCUCCGGACGCAUAG